AUGAGUUCAUCACCAAGUAUUUGUGCAUCACCAAACUUCACAUUUCCACCAUCACAGCAUGUGGAAGGGGCAAAGGGGGAUGCAAAUGACUAUUUCACGACCAAGACACCUACGCGUGAACCCGAAUAUCCACAGAUUCCGAUAUCUGAAAAAGGGACAACGGGAUACAUGGCGCCACCGUCAGUCCAUAAUAAGAUGAAUAAUUCAUUGUCAUCGAUUAACUCGGAUACAACGGUGUGUGACAGUUCAUCUGGGUCUCUUAAUGUCAGAAAUACUAGGAAUGACUCCGUCUUUUCCACAGAGACGCUUGUUGAAGAAAUAGAGCAUGGAAAGAAGAAAAAUCCCCUUAAUUUACAGCUUCCUAUAGGCAAGCAUAUACAAACACUGAGUAGAGACGAAGAAAGAGCAAGAUCGGCGGUGGAGCCGAAGUUUGAUUUUUACAUUCAUAGGUCGCCAACCAAACACCAGCCAAGCCUAAUUCCCACAAGCUCAUUACCAAACAUGGACCCAGUGUUAAAUAGUAAUCAUCCGCCCUCAUUCAAGAAGCAUACUACUACUCCAUCGCUCACACUUAGCGAAACCUACAAGAUGGUUCAGAACGAACAAUUCAAAAAACCAAAUAAGAUCAUUAAUGUGGAUUGUAAAGAUCUCAUAGACACCUUAUCGCAAGAAAACUCCAACCGGAUCAAAACGAUUUCGAUUAAUACAAAUAAUGAUAUAAUGAAACAAAUCAUGAACUCUACGUCAAAAUUGUCAGAGAUCUUAGUCAUUGAUGUUAGACCAUUCACAGAAUACGUGAAAUCGCAUAUAAGGGGAUCAAUCAAUAUUUGUUUGCCCCUGACAUUAUUGAAGAGAGCAAAUUAUGACUUGAAUAGAUGCAUAAAGGCAUUGCCUGCUUAUGAAAAAAGUAUUUUCGAAGGGCAUAUUUCCACCUAUGGUGGCAAAAAUUUAAAUAACUUGAACACAGCCGAAUCUGAAGGUACAGAUGAUAAUUGCACGGAGUUCCCUAGCAUUUUACUUUAUGAUAGUUAUAAUAAUUCUCCGAACUUGUAUCAUAUGGCGAAAAAGUUCAUGGAUUUUAAGUCAUGGGAGGACUCGAUUUUUAUUCUUGACAGUAAAUAUCAAGAAUUUUCCGAAAGCUUUCCUAGCUUGGUAGAAUCUGGAAACGGUAAUGUGAGGCAUGGAUCGGUUCCCCUGUUGCCAGUAAAAGAUAUUGCGGGGAAAUUCAGAUCGUCUUCUUUAUCGGAUAUUCCAACUAUGAAAAGUAUUAACAUGGUGGAUACAAGUACGCCGAUUCUAUCUAAUUUUCAACUUCCACAAACUCCAAAAAAACAAUUCAAACUUAGACAUAACGAAGAAUUUUUGGCUGAUAAUUUAGAAGGCGCGUCUGAUUUGAGUUUGACUAAUUUAUCCCAUCAUUUCGAUAAGCUCUCAAGUAAUGAUCAAAACCGCUUACCUAUUUGGAUAAGGAGCAGUUUAUCAAAACGGACGAAAUUGGUGGAAGACUUUAAUAACUUGGAGAAAAAUGAAAAACAUAGAUUACUUGAUGCAUUCACUAUAAAUAAAUCGAAUAAUGUUGAUGACAAAAUAGAGGAAGAAAAAUUAUCUCCAGGUGGUUCAGUUAUAGAUGCAGAAAACCUUCAUGCUCCAUCCAUCAGUUCCGGUAUUGAGUAUGGACAUAAAAAUAGAUACAAGGACAUUUUUCUCUUUGAACAUUCUAGAGUUAAAUUGAAUGAUUUACCUACUAUGACCAAAAAGGGACAAUUAUGUGAUUACAUUAAUGCAUCAUAUUUAAACCCUUUGAAGGAUUUAGAAAGGAUUACGGAGACAAGUAAGAUCAUUCAUCAUAUUAAAUACAUCGGCGCACAGGGACCAUUAAAUGAAACCACCGGUGACUUUUGGAAAUGUGCUUUGAACCAUAAAACUCCGUUAGUAAUUUCACUUACAGAUGAGUUUGAAAACGGUGUCAACAAAUGUUCGCCAUUCUGGAAAUCUGGUGAAUACAAGUCGAAUAAUAACAUAAUCAAAGUGAAGAUGGUUGAUACCAUGAACUACAAGAACGAAAAUACUAUUAUAUUGCGGCGGUUUGAAGUCUCAAUGGAUGACCUUGAACCUCACCAAAUCUUCCAGAUCCAUUUAUUAUCGUGGCCUGAUAUGGGGGCGGUAUUGCAAUCCAAGGACUUAAUAUCAAUUAUUUCAUUGAAGCAUCAUAUUCUCCAGAACUGUUCGUCUAAAUUGGAAGAAUUUCCCACGAUCAUCCAUUGUUCUGCCGGAUGUGGUAGAACAGGAACAUUAUGUACAAUUGAUUCGCUCAUCAAUAUCCUCGAAGCAAACCCUAGCUUUGACCUAGCAUUUGACCCGAUAUACUCAAUGGUUGAUAAUUUCAGAAGACAGCGUGUUUCCAUGGUUCAAAACUUACGUCAAUACUACUUGAUCUACGAUACCCUACUCAUAUUCUUACGGAACAAGCUAGACCUUGAAGCGAAGAAUGACCAUGCGGUCCAUUGGGAUGAUCUCAUUCAUUUUGAUAUUGUCGGUGACUUCCUCGGUAGUCUCACCUAG